AAAGAAGGGAAAAUAAAUAGAGGAACCUCAAUCUCUGUUUCUCCGCUCUGUAGAGGCAAACUGAACUCUCUGACUCUGUGAGCAAAGGACAAUCCGAAACCAUGGCAAUCGAGUGGAACGAAUGGGACGUAGAAGAAUCAUUCAAAUACAGCAAGUCCGGCGACACAACCACCGCUCUCGGCGCCAUCGACGCACGAGAGCGCCACAAGUUGGCCGAGCGCGAGCGGCGCAAAUCAAUGCAAGACCUUUUCCUCUCCCUCCACGCUCUCCUCCCACACGCCAAAUCAGUCCGAAAGGAACAAUCAGCAAUCCUUGAAGAGAUCAUCAAGUACAUACCUUUGGCUGUCGCUCGUCUACGAUCGCUCCAAAAUAAGAAAGACUCGCCUUCCUCUACUUUCCCUAAGGUAUCGAAGUCGCCGGCGCCGCCUGUCCAGGCAUUGGACCGUCGCUCUGCUUCCUCUGACUCGUCGGAAUUCGACAUCCAAGUAGCGGCUGAGGCGUCGUCGUGUGUGUCGAUUCGGAUUAGAGGAGACGGAGUUAAUGUGUCAUUGACUCAUACGAAUCCCAAGGGAACUUCACAGGUUCUCCCACUCUCCGUCAUAAUAGAUGAGCUUGAAGCUCAUCACCUUGAGAUUGUUCGUUCUACACAUUGCCGUGAUGGGAGCAAGACACUCCAUGACACCGAUUGCAAGAUUUGUGAUGGGUUGGAUAGAUCUCCUUCUCUGUUAAAAGCUAGAUUAGAGCAAUUAGCCGGCAAACUUCUUUGGUUGAGGAAAUCAUCUUCUUCGCUGAAGAGAAAUUUUGACCAGCUGGACUGAUUGACUGACCGAUCAACUGCCUCACCAAUCAACACUUAAUCUGCGUCUCGUCUCAGUUAUCACUUAUUACCCCU